ACGUUCGCCAGGUCUUCUGGGAAUUGUAGUCCAAGGUUCUGGCCGUCCGAGGGCAGUAGCUGCCGUCUGAGGUCCCAGGGAGGAUGGAUCCCGGGGCGGACGCGGAGCCGCUUGCGGGCCUGGUCUGGUCGUCAGCCUCGUCGCCGCCGCCGCCGGGUUUCAGCGCAAUCACCUCUACCGUGGAGGGCGCGACCGCCAGUUUCGGCCGCGGCUUCGCGCAGAAGGCCGGCUACUUCCUGUGCCUGAGCCCACUGGGCAGCCUGAAGAACCCUCAGGACAGUGUGGUAGUGGACAUGCAGAUCGUGAUGGACAAGGGCCCCCUGCCGUCUGGCUUUUCUACCGUCAACGACUCUCUAGACGCCAAGGCCUCUGUGUCCAAGAAGAAACGCAUGUGUGUGAAGCUGAUGCCCCUGGGGGCUGCCGACAUGGUUGUGUGUGACGUGAAGCUGAGUGGGAAGACCAAGACAGUGCCUGGAUACCUGCGAGUGGGGGACAUGGGUGGUUUUGCUAUCUGGUGCAAGAAAUCCAAGGCCCCAAGGCCAGUGCCCAAGCCACGCACUGUCAGCCAGGAUAUGCAGGGCCUGUCGCUGGACCCACCCAAACAGCCGAGCAAAAGCAGCCACCCUGAGCGGACGCUGUCCAGACUAGGCUCCCGAGCAUCCACUCUGCGGAGGAGUGACUCCGUCUAUGAAGCGUCCAGUCUCUACGGCAUCUCAGCCAUGGAUGGGGUUCCUUUUACACUGCACCCCCGAUUCGAGGGCAAGAGCUGCGGGCCUCUGAACUUGUCUGCCUUUGGGGACCUGACCAUUAAGUCACUGGCAGACAUUGAGAAGGAGUAUAACUAUGGCUUCGUGGUGGAGAAGACAGCAGCUGCGCGCCUGCCCCCCAGCGUCUCAUAGUCCCUGACUCGGGUGCUCCCUGCCUGCCACCUGCUGGCUGAUACCCAGCCUUGCAGCGCAGCCCGGCCGCUUGGAGAUAGGGUCUCCUGCCUAGAGAUGCAGGGGCGACCUGGACGGCGUUUUCUCUUCACUUGUCAAGUCUUGUGUUUGGAGACUGCACAUGCGCCAACACUAAACAGUUCCUGGUACCCGC